CAACCACGACCAGUAUGCAAACAUUGUUUCCAACCACGACCACUAUGCAAAUAUCGACUACGACAAAAAAGAUCACCACAAUGUCUUACACAACAACUUCCAAAUGUGUUGUGACCACAACGCCUAAAUGUGUCGUAACCACCACAUGCCGUCCGGCGAGGAACCAAGCAAGGGCUAAGCGGGAGGCAACAGCUGGAAAUAUACAAAAGCAAACUUUCCAAAUUCCAGACUCUCAAAUUUGUCCCAACAACAAGGAAAUGACGGACACUCUCAGACUGCUGUUUUUGGAUAUGCAUAAUUACCGAAGGUUGGUACUAUCAAUGGGAAAAGUGAAAAGAGAGGGAGAACUUUUACCACAAGCCAAAAAUAUGAUGAGAUUGGUGUAUGAUUGCGGUUUGGAAGAGCUGGCAGUAAAAUAUGCAAAACGCUGUCCCUUGACGAAGUCACAGAAGCCUGGGAAGGUGCAUCUUGGUAAAAACUAUUACCGAGUGUCGAAAGUUGAGAAUGCAAGUCUAGUUGAUGCUGUUGUCACGGGUGUAGAUUCAUGGUGGAGAGCAGGUGAAACAACACAUCCUGGCCCGUCCGUAUUAUUCCAGAAGAGCUAUCUUCAUACUCCCAUAGAGUCGUUUACUCAGAUGGCAUGGGCAACCACAAAGUAUCUGGGAUGUUCUGUUGCUGAUUGUCAAUCGUCGUACGUGUGUGUUUGCAACUAUUCGCCAAGAGGAAAUAUCGUUGGUAAGAGUGUGUAUCAACCUGGCCGCAGCUGCACUGAGUGUGGCUCUGGAACCACUUGUGAAGCUGAGAGCUACUUCGAUUUGCUAUAUUCAAUACAUCUUAACAAUUACGCACACCCAAAAAUUAACAAAAAGCGCAAAAGCAAAUUAGGUCAUGCCUGUAGUGAACCCCGAUUCAUUUCAGUUGACCUGGGAUGCCUAUUAGAAUCUUAG